AUUUGCCGCCGCGAAUGAACAGAACGAUGGCUAAUACGCGGCCACCACAAUUGUUCCUUUUUUGUUUCCUGCUCAUCCAGGCGGGAUUCCAAAGCACACAAGCAGCUAAAUGCAGCACAGGAUGCACUAGUUCGAGUUCACUGUUCUCAUAUCAAGUAGGACAUACAUACGAAUAUGCCUUAGACAGUACACUAUCAGUAUUAUUAUCCGGAGGCGAUACCCAGGAAAACAUCCCUCAAAAUCCAUGGUACCGUUCUGCUGAGCCAGUUGCCGAAUUGCGACCAACUUCUGCGAUUGCAGAAUGUCGUCAUUCAGUCGCCGGACAACAAG